CCCCCCGAAUACCCCCAAGCCACCACCAGACACUCAGGCGCUCUCUGUGUAUCGCUUCCGGUACUCCAGCUUUUUCUCCUCUCCAUCUCCAUUUACCCUUCUUCCCCCCACCAUCAAGUUUAUAUAUUCCCUUUCAAGCCAUCUACUCUAAAAUCACGGUAGCUAAUAUUUAUGAUCCUGCAGGUCUGCAACCGUACAGAAUAUAUCCCGGGAAUAGCGCAUCCCUUCUUGAUAAUGCUCCCGACGACAUCGACUCCCGCUGCCGGCAAAAAGAGAAUUUAUGUCGUAGAACGUAAAUACGCCCUUACCCGGUUUCUAACUUUGCCCCCCCCUCUCCCCGCUCUCCCCCUUCUCACGCCAAUUCUACGCCUCGCUCUAAUUACACCCAAGCCAUGCAAAACAAAACAAAAAAUGAGCCCAAAAUGGGAGAGCAUAAUUAGAACAAAAUCUCCUGAGGGAUUUCAAUAGUGCAAGAAAGAAAGAAGGGGGAGAAUAUGGAAAUUUUGAUUUCUACUUUUUUCCCUUUCCUCACUUCCAAACUAACGCGAGAGAACACAUUGCCUUGUCAGAUAUGGAGCCUGAAAUAGGCGCUUGGUCCACGCUAGAAUACAUCGCAAUCUCAACCGAAUCCGCGGCCUCCGGAAGCGACUUCUACCUAACGUCCGUGCCGCCCUCGCUUGCGGAAGAUCUUCCGGAAUCCUUACGCCGGUAUAUCGAUGCUCCGUUAAAGGUGACUUCUCGCGAGGUCACGCAGCUGCCAGAGAUUCACGCGGAUAGGGUUUGCCUGCUUGAUCCGCAGGCGGUAGAGGAGUUAAGUCCCGCCGAUGCGGACGUCUUUGAGGCUUUCGUUUUUGGGGGGAUUUUGGGUGUGUCGUUAAUUCCCAAAUUCUGUUGUUCCCAAUAUUAUUCUUUCUGGAAACCCCGCGUUUACCGAUUUUUUUCCGAGCCUUUUGUGUUACCAUUCAUGCUGCCGUCCCAGUUCCUGUCGCUCGCGGAGAGUGUGAUAUGCUGAUACCGUAGCAUCUUGCUGAAACAGGCGACGAUCCACCAAGAGGUACCAGUAUCCCUGAUAAAGAAACGUCCCCAAAUUUUCCCGUUCAGCCCAAAUCACUAACAAAAAAUGGGAUCAGACCGUACGGCGGAGUUAAGAAAAUAUGGGUACCAAGGUCGCCAACUAGGAAAGAUUCAAAUGACUACUGACACCGCAGUCAGAGUUACAAGGAUGGUCAUCGAAGAGCAGCGUGAUUACCUUCAUAAACCUUCAUUCAGGAGGCAGCUAGAGACUAACAAAAAGCUGCACCAUUACCACAGAACCCCUGGCCAAGAUCCCGUACGCAGACUAUCCGGAAUUGAAACUCAACAAGAAUGAGUCCACCCAGAUGCCCUUCAGAUAUGUGAAGGGUAAAGAGGGAGAACCCUAUAUGCCUGAGGUAUCCCUACCAUUCCGGUCGAGGUCGGAGAUACCAAUCAGGACGUUGAGUGCUGAUUCAAGAUACAGGGCAUGCUGGAGCUUAUCAAGGAGGACGCUGACAAAAGCUUUGAUGAUUUCUUUUAGAUAGCUAGAUAUUAUCAUACAAAUAAACAUCCACUUGUCAAAGCAC